AUGGAAGCAGAUACCCACAUGCUUAAGGUUCCUGUAGUGCAACCUGUAACAGAUAAAUAUGAGCAUCUUCUCAUCAAAAAAGAGAAGCAAUAUGAGUCUCCAACUCCGUGGGAGGUUUCUCCGCUCCAAGAGUUUGCGCAGCAAGUAGGGAUCUUAAGGGUUUCAAAAAUUUCAAACAAUCAAUUCAUGGGAGAUGUGAUUGGAUUGGUUGCUCAACUUGGCACAAUUGGUACUGGUGAUCUUAGCAGGGUAUUGGCUGAAUAUUUGGGCCAAGAUCAGAUGCUUGCUAUUGUCUGUAGAUCCUUUGAAGCUGCUGGUGCUCUUGAGAAGUUUGUACAGAAACCUAAGAAACCUAUGCGUGGGGAAGUGGAUUCUAUGCAUUUUCUCUGUGAACCAGCUCUACUUCAGAAACCUACACAUGGUCGAUCGUUUGUUUUUUGUCUGGAAGACAUAAGGCCUUACACUGGUGACUUUGACCGUAGUGACCCUCAAAGGAAACUGGCAUUACCAGAUCCAGUCCUGCCAAGUGGAAUGGCUCCUGAUGGUUUCCUAGGAUAUGCUGUCAAUAUGGUUGACCUGGAUAGCCAUCAUAUACACACAGUGACAUCUGCAGGCCAUGGUCUCAGGGAAACAGUAUUAUAUUGUCUUCUAGGCGAGCUCCAAGUAUAUGAUACCAGGGAGGAUAUGUUGGCUGCUCAUGAUUGUAUUAAACAUGGUGCUAUUUCUUUGGGUGGAGGAAUUCUGAAACAGAAUGGAGUAACUUCUUUUGGAGUCGGGGACGUUGAAAUAUGUUUUUCAGUAGCAAAAAAUCUGGAGCUUCUGCCAUCAACAAAUGUUGUUGGUGUUGAGAAGCAGAUUGAGGAGAAGAGUGCGAGCGGAGCCAUCUUCCAAGUUAUUCCCGGAUAUCUACAGAGCGUCAAGGCUGUUCCUCCUAUUUUCGACAACCAAGUGCUCCCAGGUUACAUUAUCAAGCAGUUUAUUUUAGAGAUGUUUGAUCAAUAUGGCAAUCAUGUUAUAGAAGGCACUGAAGUGCUACUGAAGCUGGAUGGGUUUUCGAUUCAAGAUCAACUUGGUACAGCAUGUACGGUUAAUCAUCAGGGAUGCAAUGACCUCAGUGGCCUGUUGAAAGUAACCGCAGGUUAUGAGAAAAGUGUAUCAAUUUCUGUACUGAAUCUUCAGUUUCAAACUGAGAAAAGGGUGUUGAUUAUGCAUACUCCAUCUGAGGCUGCAUGUGGAAUGGGAACUACGCUUGGGUCUCUUAAGUUUAAUAGGGGACUUUUAGGGUUCCAUGAUUCUCGUGAAACGAAAAUUUAUCGAUCAUCUGAAACGAAGUAUAUUUGCGAUUCAAAAGAUAAAUUUCGUGUAAUUUCAGAAACAUCAAACUUAUGUUAUAUGAUGCCGGGGGUUACAGACGUGUGA